CCACAGGGCCACACACGCAAGGACACGUUCAUGUUAGAGGAAUUGCUGCACGGAAAGCGUAAAUAUUUACAGUUACAAGGGUAUUACAGUUUAAAGUUGCCGUAGCUUGCCUGAGCUCAAGAAACAUUCACAAACAAGCCCAGUGUGAUCAGGCCUCCCCUCUCUCUCUAGUGGGUCACAACUGACUGUCCUCCUCUCCUCCGCCGGGGUCGGUAUGUCUGCGGCCGGCCUGGCCCACCUGGCUAGGCGUGGCCCCCAGGGGCUGCUCCGAGGCCUGCUCCAGCUGGCCCUGCCCCUCCACACCCAGGACCCCCCUCUCCGCCGCCCCCUCCACGCUCCCUCCUCCCCGCGGCCCAGCAACACACGCUUCGACCCCGACAGCAGCGGCCAGCCCACCACCUGGGAUUCCUUCGGGAUCUGGGACAACCGCAUCGACGAGCCCAUCCUGCUCCCUCCCAGCAUCCGCUACGGGAAGCCCAUCCCCAAGGUCAGCCUGUCCAAGGUGGGCUGCUGCUCGCUGAUUGGCCAGCGCCGGGAGAACGAGGAUCGCUUCCAGGUGUCGCAGGUGACCAACAAUAUCCUGUACUUCGCCGUGUUCGACGGCCAUGGCGGGCCACAGGCAGCCGACUUCUGCGACAAGUACAUGGAGAAGUACAUCAAAGAUCUUGUGGCUGAGGAGGCUGACCUGGAGGUGGUUUUAACUACAGCCUUCCUGGAGCUGGACAAAGCCCUUGCUAGACACCUCCACUUCUCCCCUGACACACCAACGCUGUCGGCGGGCUCCACGGCGACGGUGGCGUUGCUACGGGACGGUAUGGAGCUGGUGGUGGGCAGCGUGGGAGACAGCAGGGCCAUGCUGUGCCGCAAGGGCAAGGCCCUGAAGCUGACCCUAGACCACACCCCCGAGAGGAAGGAGGAGAAGGACCGGAUCAGGCAGAGUGGAGGCUUCGUCACCUGGAACAGCCUGGGCCAGCCCCACGUAAACGGCCGGCUCGCCAUGACGCGCAGCAUCGGAGACUUCGACCUCAAGACCACCGGAGUGAUCGCUGAGCCUGACACCAGGAGGACCACGCUGAACCAUGUUCACGACUCGUUCCUGGCGUUGACCACCGACGGCAUUAACUUCAUCAUGAACAGCCAGGAGAUCUGUGAUGUCAUCAACCAGUGCCACGACCCCAAGGAGGCUGCCCAGAGGAUAUCAGACCAGGCGCUGCAGUAUGGCUCAGAGGACAACAGCACCAUCAUCGUGGUCCCGUUUGGGGCCUGGGGCAAGCAGAAGAGCUCCGACGCCAGCUUCUCUUUCAGCCGAAACUUCGUCUCCAGCGGCCGCUGGGCCUAGCGGGGGGUCAGGGAGGCUAGCAGGGGGUCAGGGAGGGUAGCGGG